AUGGUCAUCAACAUGAUCAUCGCCAUGGUCAUUAUCAUGAUCACAAUCACAAUCACAAUCACAAUCACGAUUGUCGCCAUCAUCAUCAUGGUCGUCGUGAUGGUCGUCAAGGUCUUAGCUGCGCAGCGGUCUGGCGGUAAGAUCUCGCGCCUUGCUGUGCGUUCGCUCUCACCGCAAGCACAGGUCCAGGCUGCGAGCCCGCCACCGACGCCACCUCCCGUCGACCGAGCUGCUGACGCCUGGGUUGCCUUUGACGCUACUCAGCCGGCCUGGUCGCCCGGUGUAGCCGCUGCCCGUAACGUCCUCGCACGCCAGCACCAGGUUGUUCGCUGGCUCCAGGCCGUGCUCAGUGUCAAGCUUCUAGCGCCCGACUCGCUUGCUGCCUCGCUUCGCGACGGCACGGUCUUGGUCGCCCUCGUCGAGGCUAUCGCGCCCGGCUGGUAUGCGCUGCUUGCCAAGCAUGCCGCCGCUCGCGCCCGCCCGGUCGCCUACCUGCACCCAGCCACCGUCGCCCACCACCGCCACAACAUCGCCUUGUUUCUUCUCUUCUGUCGCCACUACGGCCUGCGAUCAGUGGCGUCAGCGCACUCUGCUGGUGGCUCGCGGAGCCCGCUGCGGCUGCGUAAGGCCGCCGCCCCGCGGUGCUCCAAGACUACGCUUCUCUAUCCGCUCUUUGCCAUUGACGACCUCUAUGCUGAGGCGCACAUUGUCCGCGUCGUCGACACCCUCCACGACCUCGCCUGCCUCUGCACCGCCCGCGGCUUCUCGCCCAAGGUCGUCCCGGUCGAUCCGGAGCACCUCAUCUUCCCUCAGCCGCGCCUUGACGCCAUGGCUAGCUACUUACGUCGCAUCGGUGCGCUCGAUCAGGGUCCGGCCUCGUCUGCUCCACCCCACGUUGCCAUCCCGCCCGGCAUGGUGGCUGUGACCCGAACCCGCAAGUCCCGCCCGGCGCCACCCCUCUGCACCUCGGCCGCAAGCUUGUCCAGUGAUUACGAGUACGCCUCGGACGCCUCGGUCUACUCGCUUGUGUCUGGAUACUCGGAGCCGUACUCAGGAGACUCGGUCACCCUCAGCGGCGGCAACCCGGAGCCCACCGAUGCCGACGCCGACGCCGAGUGCGAGGCCUUUGUCGAGGCCAUGCUCGAAGAGAGCCCAUCCGAGCAUGUUGCUCGUGCUCCGCAAGCCUCUCGCCUCUCUCGCCUCCCAUCGCUGCUGACUCGCUCCCGCCGCGGAUCAGGUGCGUCGCGAUCGUCUACCCAGUACCGCCGCCGGUCCUCGGCCCGCUCCCGUCGCUCCUCGGCAGCAUCGGCUGCCUCGAUCCGUGGCUUUUCACUCUCGCGCGCGCUCGCGGACAUCCGCGAAGACGACGACAGCACAGAUCUUGCUGCCUUUCUCGGCCGCAGUGACCACGAGCUCGACCUUGUAGUCCGCGCCACAGACUCGCUAUUUCCGCCCGAAGUUCUCGACGAAGCCGAAGCCCUGCUGUGGGAAGCCUCAUUUGAGGCCGGGAACCGCUCGCUGCCGCCACGUCGUCGAGUCCCGCCGACGACGACCGUCAUCUCGCUCGAGUCUGCCAGCUCGGACUCGGACUCAGACUCCAGCUCGGACUCGGACUCGUCUGCCAGCUCAAGCUCGACCAACCAGUCGGUCGUCACCGCUGUGUCGCAUGGCUCGCUGCCCGAUAGCGACACGCUUGCGCUCUCGCCACUGUCAAGCCCGCCGCGGUCGCUGGCCCAGCAGUUGAGCCAGUACUCGCUGACCCGGACGUCGCGCUCGUCACUCGCCGGGGAACCGACCGCUGCGUCCGGCUCCGACUCUUGGGAUGGCUCGGCGGCCGAGUCGGCGGCCGAGUCGGAAGACGAGUCCGAGACCUCGCCCGACUCGCCGCAGCUCUCCGCCGCAGUCAUGGCCUCGCCAGCCGCGCUCCUCAACACGAUUGCUUCGCGCAAAAACAGGCGCUCGUCGAUCAUGGCCCGCUCGGCCUCGCUCAACGUCUCGGCGCACGACAUUGUCUCCGAGUCCAAGCGCAGACUCUCGGUUCUCAUCAUUCCAGACGCGCUACGCCAGCUCGAUCCCAACGCGGGCAACCUUUCGCCGGGCUUUGUCCCGCCGCCACCGGCGCUCGGUCUCGGCUCGGGUGGCCCGCUCAUUGGCUCGUCAGCACACGGCUCGCGCUCCUUUGCGGCACUCCCGUCACCCCACAUGCAUUCGCCGUCUGCUCGCAUCUCUGUCGCAGAUCGGCUAGCCAUCUCAGCGUCGACAACUACGCUCGAAACGGUAACUCCGCAGCGGGUCGAGUCCGAGUCAAGCGGCGACAAUGACGACGACGACCUGGGAAUCAUCGACGGCGCGGUCCAAGUCGGAUCGACCUCGUCGUGGUUCGACGACGAGUCGGGGGCCAACUCGUCGGUCCUCGACUCGGCCUCGGACGAUGCAGAGCAGAGACCAGUAGCCGCAACGCACCAGCGAGCCGAGCGGUUGCAGUUCGACCCGCCGCGGCUGAGCGUGGCACUCGAACCGGCGUUUUUCCGCGAGCAGCGGCUCGCCGCAAGCCGCGAAGUGACGACCAUUGCCGUGCGGCAGGUCCGUACGAUGGCAGUCCGGCUCUCGCGCGGCCUGCGCGACGCGACGCAGCCAACUGUGGGUUGGUCGUCAUAACGCGCUUUGUUCAUUGUGAGAGGGGCAGAGAGUUUCGCGCGACGAUAAAGGACAGAAUGGCU